AUGUCAAAGCAGCGUCUUUAUCUGAACUCCGCGCAGAAUGAUCGGGAAGAGCACAGCUUCGGCCAUGCCAUUAACGAAGCGAUGCCAGCUCAGCGCACGAGGCAGACCUGCACUGCCUGCACGCGGCGCAAGGUCAAGUGCUCCAAGACAGUUCCAUGCACCAACUGCAUCCGAAGGGGUGAGAUAGAUCUUUGCGCAGUAGGUGCAAUCCCGGGUCAUGUGGCAGAGGCCAGAGAAGGAUCUUCCGUCUCUCCACGGCAGCGGCAUCACCAGAUACAGAGACACUCCAAUGGCCACCAGGACGAGGUGCAAAUGCUCUGGCGGCGCGUUGCCGAGCUGGAGGCAUUACUGGUCUCAAAGAGCGGCACACAUGCGAGUGUAGAGACGCAGCCAAGACCACUGGCUUCACCUGAGAGCACCAACACGACGACCACCACCGAUCGAUGUGUCGACGAGGAUUCCCAGGACACGGUGAUCGAGGACGCGGCAUCAAUCUUGGAGUUCCUGGCAUGGGGGCGGCACAAAGGAGCGGCUGCUGGCAGCUUUUCUUCUAACGGAGCAGACACGAUUUCGGGCGCGUUUGUACCAGACAGUCUGGGAGACACGUCCCAGCUGGCGGUGCUGCAGAUGCUGCUGCCGGAUGAACGCACGAUAUGGCGGCUGGUGGACUACCACGUCGACAGUUUGCUGUGGUUCCACACAUCGUUCCACGCGCCGGCAUUUUACCGGCAGCUAGAGCGGUUCUUCGGACAGCAUGGCGGCCGCGUGGAGGCGCCAGGGGUCGACCUGCUGUGGGUAGCGCUGCUGUUUGCAGUGCUGACGGGCAGCAUCACAUGUGCACCAGACGGCAUCGUGCGUGAGACCUGGGCCAUUGGCGAUGAGGAGCGGGCGGUGCUGUCGCGGCGCUGGUUCCGGGCUGUGGUAGCGUGUCUGAACCAGGCCGAGUACACGGCCAACCUGUCGAUCGUGUCGGUGCAGGCGAUCUGCACGCUGACGAUGUCGGCACACCUGCUGGGCUUUUCGAACACGCAGUCGAUCCACCUGGCAGCAGCGGUGCGCAUAGCCCAGAGCCUUGGACUGCAUCGGAUCGGAGGAAGCGGGAGGGCCGAUGGCAUUGCUAGUUAUGCAGACCGACGUGGCCGAGCGAAAGAGACAGGCACAACGGUCGAAAUCGAGACGGGCCGGCGCCUAUGGCUGCAGCUCUGCUGUCAAGACUGGUUUGGGAUCCCGUUCUCGGAGAGCUGUCUGAUCCACCCACUGCACUCACAGUCGCAGCCACCGAUCAACUGCCACGACGAGGCCGACACGCUGCAGCCGCUGACCGAGGACGUGCCGACAGUGACGAGCUACGGCCGCUUCCUGACGGCCAUUGCGUCCAUCAUGCCGCAGCUGCAGGACGGGCUGCUGUCGCGCAGCACGCCCUUUACGCGUUAUGAACAGGUGCUCGCGAGCGACCGACGCAUGCGGACGCUGGCCACGGCUGGCCGGCCGGCCUUUCUCGCCAGCAGCACGCCGCUCGACCCGGCCUGGCCGGCCUGGGUGCCGUGGGCCCGCCACUCGCUGGCCAUCUCGUCGGCCCACAAGAUCAUCAUGAUCCACCGGGCCUUCUUGUCCGAGAGUCUGACCAACCCGGCUUAUGGCUUCACCCGUCGCACCUGUCUGGCCGCGGCCAAGACGAUCAUCAAGGAGUACCGCGACGUCGUGGCGGCCGACCGGGACGGCAGCAGCGCCGGGAGCGGAGGCCCCGUCUUGUGGGUGCACCAGGCGUUUGCUGUUGCCGCAGGCAUCAUCCUCAUACUCGACGUGCUGCACCGACAGCCGGCCGAGCCCGAGUACGGGCCACACCUUCAGCUGGCUGAGGAGGUUGUUGCCAUCCUCCACCGCUUUCCUACCAGCCUGAUUGCCGUGCGUGGUGUCAAGCUGCUGUCAGCCCUCCUGCUUGAGGCUGGAAAGUACGAUCAUGCAACGAAGAGGAGUCGUGGACUCAACGUCCCCUCAUUUGUCCGGUCCUUUUGCGGAAAUCUGGCUAGGAAUAGACAGCCCGAGAGCGACGUCUAUACCACAGGGGCUACGCGGCAGGAACAUGAACCGUUGCGUGCCAGUUGGACUAGCAGCCAGGGUAGUUCGCCGAGUAAAGGAAUGCAAGAGAAGGGGACGACCGGACGGUCAACAGAAACACCAUUCACGAACGCAAACGGUCUUGGCACCGGUUCGGAAAACCGACCGACCACAGAUCAGGACGAGCUGCUUUUCCUUCCACCCAGUAUUGUCAGCUCUUCCACGUUUGGAAACCUACUGUAUUUAGCAAAUUACGACUUUCCUGAAACAUGA